AUGGCAGCGUUGGCGUUUUGUGGCACGCUGGUGCUUGGCAUCCUUGCGGUGCUGCUGUUCAUGUCCAUUACCUUGCUGCAGCCGACGGAAGUUGCGCUAAAGUACAACUGGUUGCUUCAGACCAUAGGUGAUGAAGUUAUCGUCACACCAGGCCUCAAAUUCGUUGGCCCCUUCACUGACUUGGUGAGGUAUCCCAAGACUAUUCAGACGCUGGAGUAUAACCAGGUGCAUCGCGACCUGCUCGACGGUCGGACAGCAGAUGGCCUGCCCUUAAUCUUGGGCCUGGCCUUCCAGUACCGUCUCAUGCCAGACAGAAUACGUGACCUCUAUUUCACGUACGAGAACCAGUACGGCGACUAUGAGCAAAUCUUCAAGCUCACAGGCAUGCAUAUGAUCACUGAGCUUGCGACGAAGUUUACAGCUUAUCAGUUCUUCAACGAGAAGCAGAAAAUUGCUGAGGAUAUGCGACUGCACCUCAAUGACUACUUCUCGAAGCACCUCUUCGCGACGGUGGAGUCGCUGCAGAUCCAGGAAGAUGACCUGCCAGAGGCGUUCACUACGACAAUCCUGACGGCUGCUACGAGCAAGCAGAACAUCACCAGGAUGUCCAAGACCUUGGCGGCAAAGAUUGUGGAGUUCCAGACAGCGCGGCAGAUUGCGGAGGCUCAGGCGAACGUCACCAUUCAGCAGGCGAUUGGGGACCAGCAUCGCAUCAUGCAAAACGGCCGAGCGGAUGCUGCCAUCAUCGAGGCCUAUGUCGAAGCUGAGCUGACGGCUUACGGCAAGAUUCACACAGAGCUAGGAUUGUCCGGCGAGGAUUUGAUCAACUACAUCUGGUAUGACACUCUUGGUGGCGGCGGAGUCUCUGCGGACGCCCGAACUGACAAGGAUGUCGAGAUGCUUGUGGGGGUGAACCCAAGCGCCUACAUAUCUCACUGA